AUGAGAUACUUGUUCGGCUUCAUUUGUUUGUUCACGUUGCCCGAGGUGAGUAGAUUACAGUGUGGCACGUUGACCUGGAACGUGGGAUUGGGUUUCGUUUAAGACGGUUUUUUUUUGAGCUUGGAUAUCAGUGAAAAAUGGCAGUUUUCGGGGUUUUAAAGGGCAAAAAAAAGUCAUUUUUAAUUAUAAAAAAGUAAAAUUACAAAAAAAUUUUAGGUUUAGGUAUUAGUCUACAUAUAAAUAUUAAAAUAUUUUUCAAUUUUUUAAACAAUUUUAUAUUAAACUUGAAAAAUUAAUUCUAAGCUUUUGAGGCAAUAAUUUGAAGAAAUUUGACGAGCUUUGUUUGGCCAGCUCUGCUUUUGACAUUAAUAUAACAAACGAAAUUUAUAGCUAAUCUUAAUGGUCCGGCUAUAAAUAGCUAUAAGACACUAAAUUUUAUUUUUAUAUUUGCAAUUUUGUUUAAAAAUGCACUUUUAAAGUCAUAAAAGGGCAGUUUUUUACUUUAUAAGUGACAUUAUUGACAUUAGACUUUCUUUUGCGGUCGAAAAGUUUGUAGAAACAAAGUCAAAACCAAGCUAACUUAUUUUGCAAACUUUGAAGUUAGAUAUUAGACUUUCUUAUGGCCGUUUCUACGAACUUUUAUACCAUAAAUUUUGAAAUUUUUAAAACGAACGCUUAAUUGAAGCCAGAAACACUGUUACAGUAGUCGUUCCUUCUCUAAAAGUGUCCUUAACAGUAGUAAUUUGAUUGUUUUUUAUCCAAUUUGACUCCUCGUUAAACCUUUUCGUGUAGCUUGACUACAAGAGCAUCGUUAUGGCUACAGACUCAAGAACUAGUAAUAUAUAUUACAGUUAUAACUAUCAUAAUAUCUUAAUAAAAACUCUUUAAAGUGCAAUUUAAAAUUAAAUAUUAAUUUGAUACUUCUUUAGAAAAUAUUAUAGCAAAAUAGCUGUAUAAUGUUAAAUUGUGUUAAAGCUAAUGUAUUGUAGGUAAUGGCGAGACGAAAGAAAUGCCCAGAAGGAUCAUGGUCAGAAGGCAGAAUUGUGAAUGAAUUGAUGGGAAACUACACAAAAAUGCUGCCAGAUACGGAUGGAAGUGUCGGUGUGAACAUUGAAAUGCAUGUACAGGUAUGUUAACAUUUUGUAGUUUUCAAUUUUGAAAUUAAAUUUAAAAUUUACAAGAAAAAUGCCUGAUCUGCCCCGCUCAGAAGCAACUCAAAAUUUUUAUAGGAUUUCUUUGUGCUACCAAUAGUACCCACAAAAAGUUUUAGUCCACCUUUUUGAGUUUUAAAAUUAAAUUAUUUGAAGUUCCCGCCAAUUUGGCGAAUUUGGCAUUGUGUUUCAAGCACUUUUAUACGCUUACAAAUUAAAAAAUUUUGGUUCAUUUCAACUUUUUCUACUAGUACAUGAAAGACAAAUGAUUAAAAGUCAAGGUGCUACUAUGUUAUUAACUUGGAACACAAUGCCAAUUUGGCGGGAAAUUUAAAAUUUAAUUUUUAUUUCGAGUUUUCUCGAGAUUUCCUGGAAAGCCCGAUUUAAUACUUUCCUGAAGAUCUUAUAUUUACAUGAUCUUUCUAUAUAAAAAGUUUAAAGUCUAUUAGAGCGGGGCAGGUCGGGCACCUUCACUGAUAAAUGCCAAAUUCGGCGAGAAAAUCAGAAUUUGAUUUUUUCAAAAUAGAAAUAAUAAAAUUCUUUCAGGAUAUGGGAUCGUUGAACGAGAUUUCGGCCGACUUUCAAAUCGACAUUCUGUUCACACAAUUAUGGCACGACUCGUCACUCAGCUUCACGAAUCACUCACAGUGCAUCAGGAAUAUCACGAUGGAAACCCGGUAUUUGCACAAAAUAUGGACGCCUAAUACGUAGGUUAAUUCCAAUUUGCGAUGGAAUUGUCAAAAAGUGUAAAGCUAAUGUGAAUUAGUCAAAAAAGUUUAAAAAAGAGUGUCAUUUUGGUUAAAAAUGACGAAAAAUGCUUAAAAACUGCCAUUUUUUACAUUUUUUGGUAGUUUUACUAUAAACUUUUUGACCGGGUGAGGUAAAAACAUAAUUUAAAUUUACUUUAAAGUCUUUUAAUAAAAACAGUAAUGAAAAGUUUUAAAAAAUUUGUAUUUUAGGUGUAUAAUUAACUCCAAAGCCACCACAGUCCAUAAAUCUCCCACGGAGAAUAUAUUCUUCAUCCUUUAUGAUGUAAGUCAUUCUUUUUUGAACUGGUUGUACUUUUAAGUUAGUAAAUUUUAAUUUUUUUAAUUCUCAGGAAAUUUAAAUUUUUAAAGGUGAGCACAAAAGUUCGUAUUUUAUUUUAAUCACUUCUUUAAACCACCAAAACUUUUAGAACGGCACAGUAUGGACGAACCACCGGUUGUCAGUGAAAGCACCAUGUGCUCUGGACCUUCGUACCUUUCCAUUUGAUACCCAAACCUGUACAUUGUUGUUCGAAAGCUACAGUCACAACAACGAAGAGGUGUCGUUACAUUGGAUGGACGAGCCGAUCACGUUGAUGAAGGUCAUUCAGCUACCGGACUUUGACAUGGUACAGUACGACACGAGGACGGAGAAGUUCUACUAUCCUAAUGGCAAUUGGGACCAGCUACAGGCUGUUUUUACAUUCAAACGAAGAUACGGGUUCUACAUUCUUCAGGCCUACGUUCCAACGUAUGUUGUGUUAGAGUUGUUGUAUGUUGUCUUACAUUAGAAGCGUUGUAGAGCGAAAACUAAUGGGUAGAAUAUCUUGAAAAUUUGUAUGAAUAGGUAACAGAGUAUAGGGAAUAUUUUUGUAAAUACAAACUUUUUGAUUGGGGUACUGUAAUAUUUGAUUUUGAGGUCUUAUUUACUUAAAAAGUAGGUUAGUUUACGUUUUUGGCUAAAAAAUUAAGAUUUGACAAAAUAUAUCACACUCUUCACAAAUUUGACAGUAUUUAUGGUUUACACAAUUAUAUUUUACACAAUGAUUAGACAUUCCUUCAUUUCUUUCAGAUAUCUAACAAUUAUUGUAAGCUGGGUGUCUUUCUGUAUGGAGCCAAAGGCUCUGCCGGCGCGGACAACGGUAGGCGUCAGCUCGUUGCUGGCUAUUACUAUGAUGGUAAUUUCCUUUUUUUCAAAAUUUUUCAAAAUAUAGCUUAAAAUGGCCAUAUCUUUGAUUGAUUUUAGUUUGGCAACAUUCUUAAAAAUCUUCCUCGUGUAUCAUAUGUCAAGGCUAUGGAUGUGUGGAUGUUAGGUAAGAGCAUUAAGGCUACAAGUUUGAGCAAUAAUUGAUAGUAUUGUACAAUAUAAGUCAUCUAAAAAGCAUUUUUAAUAAUAUAUGUCAUCUUAAAGGUAGUUUUAGUAUUUUAAACUAUUCUACUUUUAGGUUGUAUCUCCUUCGUCUUCGGCACGAUGGUAGAACUGGCCUUUGUUUGCUACAUAACACGAUGUCAAGCUGGCCACAAGAAGACAGACCCUCCACAACAUGCACCUUAUCAUUCGGUCAGUAGUUCCUCGUCCUCCAUUGUGAACGGUAUGACCAGCACUCCAAUGGGCGCUUUCGGAUGUCUUCCAAGUCGAGAACAUCAGAUCGGAAGUCUUCGCUACAGGCCCUAUGCCAACGGUGUUUGUGGGAACGGUAGGACUGAAGCCAACCGUGCUGUGCUACUAAGUCACGAUACUCGGAAUCGAAGGUCAAGUCAUGCACUACCGACCAAUGGAUCGGCUACACACUUUCGUCAGAGUCCGUCACCGCCUCCAUCGUCGAGGCUUCUGAGGCCAGGGUCGCCUACGAGUUCGGCUCACAAUCUGGAGAUGAACUCUAUGUUCACACCAGCUGGGCCACUGACUUUUGAACAGGUAAGGUGGCUUACAGUUGGAUUUUACUAAUAUUUUAAAAGUUACUUUAACCAAAAUGACAUAAGAUAGCUGUAAAUUGGACCAAGACCGUGUGGAAUGUUUUGUACCGGUCAAAAAGUCUGUAGAAUUGCUGAUUUGAGUCAAACUUAAAAGAAUAUUUUGUGAAAAAGCUGUGGGAUUAUUCACAGCUCAGCUACUUAAUUUUUGACCAGUAAGCUUUAAAAUUGUUUAUUCCAAAAGUUUUUGACCAGGUUUUGUCAUGUGCAAAACAAUUUGUCAUCAAUGAUAGUUAUGACAUAUUGGAUGUCUGUUGACAUUUUAUCUCGUGUUGUUGUCACUAUAUGUCACGAUAUUAGCACUGUGAUUUUUUAUUCUGUGAUACAGUAAACAAAAAAUCUGUCAUUUUUUAAAAAUCUUUUGAUUUUUAAAUUUUGAAAUUUAUUAAAUGUUUUGCAUUUUUAGGAAAAAAUAGUCAAAUAUAAUUAAUUUAAAAGUUUGUACAUAUCUAUGACAUUAUGCUUUAGAUAAACGGGUAUCAACCACAACCAAUGUAUCUUCGAACCGUGGCACGUCGACGGCAUUUGUUGAAUAUACAGCCAGAGAGCAUCGACAAGAUGUCUAUCGUUUGUUUCCCGCUGGCAUUUACAUUCUUUAACGUAAGAUGGCAUGCCUUUAUAGCGUUGUGCACAUAGUACACAUUACAGUCAUAUAUAACAGUAAUAUAUUAACUUUGGUUUAAUAGGUAGUAUAUUAUACUUUGUAUUAUCUUUACUGUAGCUAUAUAAUUUACAUUUCAGCUCAUAUACUGGUGGUAUUAUCUGUCGCAGUCGUUCGAAGGACUGCCUCCUCCUCAACCGGGCUAA